AUGUCUGGCCGUGGUAAAAAAGCUGCCCCAAAGACCAAAUCCCCGGUUUCCAGAUCUGUUCGGGCAGGCCUCGUCUUCCCAGUGGGCCGCAUCCACAGGAUGCUGAAGAAGGGCAACUACGCCGAACGCGUGGGCAGCGGCGCACCCGUCUAUCUCGCUGCCGUCUUGGAAUAUCUCUGCGCGGAGAUCCUGGAGCUGGCAGGCAACGCUAGCCGACACAAUAAGAAGAAGCGCAUCUCUCCUCGCCAUAUCCUGCUGGCUGUCAAGAAUGACGAGGAGUUCAAUAAGCUUCUGGCUGGCGUCACCAUCUCUGAAGGCGGUGUGAUCCCCAACAUCAACGCGGCCCUUCUUCCGAAAAAGACUAAGCCCCCCGCAGCGGAAAACACUUCUGAUGAUGUUCAGUCACAAGACUUUUAAUUGCCAUUUGUACCCGUUUAUUUAAUAAAGGUAUUUUCUUAAAAAAAAAAGACUUAUUGAGUGCUGAAUUUCUCGAUGCAUGUACGAUAUACAAAAUGACCUCAAUGCUACUUGAUUGUAUUUGACACAAAAGCCGUCGGAGAGAUGAAAUGCAAAC